AUGCCCGGCUUGCUGAAUUGGAUCACGGGGGCAGCCCUGCCCCUCACGGCGUCUGAUGUCACCUCCUGCGUCAGUGGUUACGCCCUGGGCCUAACUGCCUCCCUCACCUAUGGCAACCUGGAAGCCCAGCCCUUCCAGGGCCUCUUCGUGUACCCCCUGGAUGAGGGCACCACGGUGAUUGGCUUUGAGGCAGUCAUUGCAGACCGCAUUGUGACGGUACAGAUCAAGGACAAAGCCAAGCUGGAGAGCAGCCACUUCGAUGCCUCCCAUGUUCGAUCCCCAACAGUCACAGGGAACAUUCUGCAAGAGACGGUUUCCAUCGCCCCUCAUUCCUGCACACCGGGAAAAGUGACCUUGGAUGAGGAUUUGGAGCGGAUCCUGUUUGUGGUCAACCUGGGGACCAUUGCCCCCAUGGAGAACGUCGUCAUCUUCAUCAGCACCUCCUCGGAGCUCCCGACGCUGCCCAGCGGGGCUGUGAGGGUCCUUCUGCCUGCUGUCUGUGCCCCCACUGUGCCCCAGUUCUGCACCAAGAGCACUGGCACCACCGAGCAACAGGCACAGGGCAAAGACAGGCACUGCUUCGGCGCCUGGGCCCCAGGCUCCUGGAGUAAGUUGUGCCUGGCGACUCUCCUAAACACCGAUGUGUCCAACCCCAUGGAGUAUGAGUUCAGCUUCCAGCUGGAGAUCCGCGGGCCAUGUCUGCUUGCAGGGGUGGAGAGUCCCACACAUGAGAUUCGUGCAGACGCCGCCCCAGCUGCCCGCUCUGCCAAGAGCAUCAUCAUCACCUUGGCCAACAAGCACACCUUCGACCGUCCUGUGGAGAUCCUCAUCCACCCAAGCGAGCCCCACAUGCCCCAUGUCCUGAUAGAGAAAGGGGACAUGACGCUGGCAGAAUUUGACCAGCACUUGAAGGGAAGAACAGAUUUCAUUAAAGGGAUGAAGAAGGACAGCAGUGCAGAGCGGAAGACAGAAAUCAUUCGAAAACGCCUCCACAAAGACAUUCCCCAUCACUCCGUCAUCAUGCUCAACUUCUGCCCCGACCUCCAGUCAGCCCAGCCGAGCCUGAGAAAGGCCCACGGGGAGUUCAUCUUCCUCAUUGACAGGAGCAGCAGCAUGAGCGGGAUCAGUGUGCACCGCGUCAAGGACGCCAUGUUGGUGGCCCUUAAGAGCCUCAUGCCAGCCUGUCUCUUCAAUAUCAUUGGGUUUGGAUCCACAUUUAAGAGCCUUUUUCCUUCCAGCCAGACCUACAGUGAGGAGAGCUUGGCCAUGGCCUGUGAUAACAUCCAGAGAAUGAAGGCCGACAUGGGUGGCACCAACAUCCUUUCCCCUCUCAAGUGGGUCAUCAGGCAGCCAGUGCACCAAGGCCACCCUCGGCUCCUCUUCCUGAUCACAGACGGCGCUGUCAACAACACGGGGAAGGUGCUGGAGCUGGUGCGAAAUCACGCCUUCUCCACCAGGUGCUAUAGCUUUGGAAUCGGACCCGACGUCUGCCACAGACUGGUGAAAGGGCUGGCAUCUGUGUCCAAGGGCAGCGCUGAGUUCCUGAUGGAGGGAGAGCGGCUGCAACCCAAGAUGGUCAAGUCCUUGAAGAAGGCCAUGGCCCCAGUCCUGAGUGAUGUGACUGUGGAGUGGGUCUUCCCCAAGACCACUGAGGUCCUGGUCUCACCCAUCAGCGCCAGCUCCCUCUUCCCUGGAGAACGGCUGGUGGGGUAUGGCAUUGUAUGUGAUGCUUCCUUACACAUCUCCAAUCCCAGAUCUGACAAGAGGCAGCGGUACAGCAUGCUACACUCUCAGGAAUUUGGCAGCUCCGUCUUCUAUCACUCUCAGGAUGAGGGACCCGGACCGGAAGGUGGAGACUGUGCCAAGAACUUGGGGACACCCUUCAGCCUGGGGCAGGCCAAGGAUGCCCGGCUGGUCAGCAGAGACUCCAUGGCCAAGCACGAUCUGAACCUCUCCCAGCGACGGAGGGCAUACAGCACCAACCAGAUCGCCAAUCCCAAGCCCCACCCAAGGGCCACUACGGCGAGUGACCCCAUGCCAGCUGCCAGGAGAUACCCACUUCGGAAAGCCAGGCUGCAGGACCUCACCAAUCAGACCAGCCUGGAUGUCCAGCGGUGGCAGACUGAUUUGCAGCCCUUACUGAACAGUGGUCAGGACCUGAACCAGGGCCUCAAACUCCGUGGCCCAGGGGCCCGAAGACCCUCUCUGCUGCCCCAAGGCUGCCAGCCUUUCCUGCCCUGGGGCCAGGAGACCCAGGCCUGGAGCCCAGUGAGGGAGCGGGAUCCUGGGUCCAGCGUGAAGUCUCCCUCUAACAGCCGAAGCCCGGGAGAUCUAGAGCCGUCCCAUCACCCCUCUGUGUCCCAUCACCCCUCUGUCUUCGAAAGAGAGAUGUCCUCGGACUGGGAGCCCCCAGCCGAGUCCCAGGAGCGAGCCAGUCCCAGCAGGCCCGCCACCCCGGGCCCGGUACUGGGCAAGGCUGUGGUCAAAGGCCUGCGCGACAGCCAACUCCUGCAGUGGGAGGUGAGCUUCGAGCUGCGGCCCCCCGGCCCGGAGCAGAGCGGCGCGCGCGAUGCCGACCUAUGGAGCGAGACCUUCCACCACCUGGCGGCCCGCGCCAUCAUCCGCGACUUCGAGCAGCUGGCGGAACGCGAGGGCGAGAUAGAGCUUGGGUCCAACCGCCGUUACCAGGUGAACGCUGUGCACACCAGCAAAGCCUGCAACAUCAUCAGCAAAUACACAGCCUUCGUGCCUGUGGAUGUGAGCAAGAGCCAGUACCUGCCCACCGUGGUGGAGUACCCCAGCUCUGGUAAGGCAGGUCGGUGGAUGGUGAGCUCUCGGACCCUGAUCCAACAGUGGAGGGGCACGCCUUCUGGCUUCAGACAGUCGCAGACCAUGCUUGGAAAAGACUCAGCCGCAGGAGAUGACACGGAGGCAGGUCCCACCGCUCCUGUCAGCGAGGCCACAUUCCCCGGCCACGAGAAGCAUGCCGCUUCUGAAGGUUCCCUGCACAGCCUGGCCUCAAAUACUCUUUCUUCCAUGAAGGCCCCAGAGAAUCUCUUUGGAUCCAGGCUAAAUCUCAACAAGUCCAGGCUACUGACACGAGCAGCCAAGGGGUUCCUGAGCAAAACACCGAUCAAAGCCAUGGAGUCGACCUCUGGGAGCCAGAGCUUCGACUAUGUCCCGCUGGUGUCUCUGCAGCUGGCCUCCGGAGCCUUCCUACUCAACCAAGCCUUCUGUGAGGCCACGCACAUCCCCAUGGAGAAGCUCAAGUGGACCUCCCCCUUCACCUGCCACCGAGUGUCCCUCACCGCCCGCCCGUCUGAGUCCAAGACCCCGAGUCCCCAGCUGUGCACCAGCCCCCCGCCUCGGCACCCCUCCUAUGACAGCUUCUCCCUGGAGCCUUCGGCCGAGGGCAAGCUGGGCCUGGAGCCGAGGGCAGUGGCUGAGCACACUGGGAAGCUAUGGGCCACGGUGGUGGGGCUAGCAUGGCUGGAGCACAGCUCGGCCUCCUACUUCACUGAGUGGGAGCUGGUGGCCGCCAAGGCCAACGCGUGGCUGGAGCAGCAGGAAGUACCCGAGGGCCGUACGCAGAGCACGCUCAAGGCCGCUGCCCGCCAGCUGUUCGUGCUUCUGCGACACUGGGAUGAGAAUCUGGAGUUCAAUAUGCUCUGCUAUAACCCGAAUUAUGUGUAG